GCAGACGAAAACCACACGGACAGAAGGGUUUCGUUAUUUGUGUGGUCUUCCUAAUUUGAACUCAUAAAUAUAUAACGGGUAACGCUAUCACUUUACUCGUCUUAAACGUAAGUUGUCAGAAGGUAACCGUGAAUUCUUGUCACAAUAUUUGCCUCUUUGCUACCGACACGAAAUGCAAAAAGCAAAGGUAAAAGAUAUACCACAGGGUGCGGUUACGUUUAAUCGAGAAGAAGCAAUUAAUCAUGUUUAUCAUUUAGUUCGCGACCAUGACACUCCAUCUCAUGUAUAUUUACUCAAGUAUGGAGUUGCAUUAAAUGGAAUGUUAGCGGCAUUUAGUGGUAUUUGGUGUUUAAAGUAUUACCGCAGAGCUUUUGGUUUGAGAAAGGAAGUAGCAUUUACUUCUAGCUUGACAUGUGGAUCUCUCCCUGCGAUUACCACGUACACCUAUCAAUAUUUGUUUGUUCUACCACCUAUAUUAUUACAAGAGCCUGGUUGUCCAAUUUGCCUAGAACUUAAAGCUGGAGCUAUUCAAUUCGUUGCAGGUGCAAUAAUACCUGUUUUUAUGGGUCUUGUCACAGCCUCAAUGACUGCAGCAAAACUGGGCUUCAAUGUGCCUCCGCCCACAGCACCUUUGCAACUCUUGAAGCUUGGAAUGCAAAUAGCAAAUCAUCCACAAGGAAGGGGCAAAAUAGCUGCAUUGUCAUUUGUAAGCUUAUUUGGAUCAAUGUGCUUGGUUUAUGGAGAACAGAUGCAAAUGUUAAAUUUUACCAAGCGAUUACAGGCGAGGCAAACGUUUACAGAUGAUUAGCGCAAAGAUUUAGUGUAGUAUUGCCACACUUUAAAUUACAUGUUGUUCUUGUAUUGCCUCUGUUACAAUAAAGAUGUCUUAGGUUAUUAUA